AGGACCCGCUUCCCACAGAGAGCCGGCUCGCGAACAGCUGCAUCCAGGCCAGGAAGAAGUGCGAGGCUGAUGCUGCGUGCAAGGCCGCCUACCGGCGGCUGGGUUCCUGCGCCUUGGGGCUGAGCAGCCCGCCCCCCUCCGAGGAGCCAUCCGGCCUCGCAGACUGCCUCGAGGCCGCGCAGCAGCUCCGGAACAGCUCCCUGCUGGGCUGCUCCUGCCACCGGCGCAUGAAACACCAAGCCGCCUGCCUGGACAUCUACUGGACUGUCCACUCUGCCCGCGGCCUGGGUGACUACGAGCUGGAUGUCUCCCCGUACGAGGACACGGUGACCAGCAAGCCCUGGAAGAUGCACCUCAGCAAGCUGAACAUGCUCAGACCAGACUCGGACAUCUGCCUCAAGUUCGCGAUGCUAUGCACCCUCCACGACAAGUGCGACCGGCUGCGCAGGGCCUAUGGGGAGGCGUGCUCUGGGACGCACUGCCAGCGGCACGUGUGCCUGCAGCAGCUGCGCGCCUUCUUCGAGAGGGCGGAGGAGCCGCACGUGCAGGGCCUGCUGCUGUGCCCGUGCGCGCCCACCGACCGCGGCUGCGGGGAGCGCAGGCGCAACACCAUCGCGCCCGCCUGCGCGCUGCCCUCGGCGGCCCCCAACUGUCUGGACCUGCACGGCCUCUGUGUGGGCGACCCGCUGUGCAGAUCCCGCCUGGCAGAUUUCCAGACCCACUGCCACCCCAGGGACAUCCUGGGGACUUGUGCGACAGAGCAGUCCCGAUGUCUGCGCGCGUACCUGGGGCUGAUCGGCACUGCCAUGACCCCCAACUUUGUCAGCAGCAUCAACACCAGCGUGGCCUUGAGCUGCACCUGCCGAGGCAGCGGCAACCUGCAGGAGGAGUGCGAGCAGCUGCAGAGGUCCUUCUCCCACAACCCCUGCCUCGUGGAGACCAUUACAGCUAAGAUGCGUGUCCACAAGCAACUCUUCUUCCCGGACGCAGUAGCCCCUGUCUUUCCUGUGAUGGAACACCAGAAUAAAAACCCUGCUCUGAGGCCACAGCCCUGGGUGCCCUUUCUUUUCUCCUGCUCACUUCCCUUGGUUCUGUGCUGCAGCCUCUGGUAGCCAGACUUCCCCGGGGACCACUUUCACUCUACAGCAGCCAGCCUGGCUUGCAGCCUUCGAGGGGUGUGGCGAGGACAGCGCCUGGGAGGAGGUGCACACACAGUAUGGCCAGCUCACCGCCUGGCACCCUGUCCUGGGCAUCUGGUCAGCUCCAGACGAGGCCGUGGGAGAGGCCUGGGACCUCCGGAUCUGGACUGGCUGGCUCUCCUUCCUUCACCCUUACCCUGCUUCACAUUCAGGCUUCCCCUCCUUAAGACUUGGGGACCACCAUUUAAGCAUUUCUUCUGAGGGUGAGCAGCUCUGCCAAGGUCUCUCCCAAUGCCUCUCCCCUGCCCACCAGGGUGGCCCAAGUCUCACACUUGAGUCAUUCUCUGGAGCAGACUGUAGGCUGGCAAGGCUGGGAGUUGUAAGGCAGCCUAGCAAGACUUCCCUUGUGCCCCACGCCCUCCUGUGAACAGAGGAUGGGAACUCACUGCCUCCGCUGCUCUGCCUGAGUCCCACAGGUCACUGGGGCAUCAGAAGCAGAAAUCUUUGGGCCUUGCUUGCUUUCUUCUUCUGUUCAAAUUCACCCUGAGUUCUUGGAUCAUAAUUAAACAUUUUGACCUAA